AUGGCCAUUUCUAUGUCCAAGAAGAAAUCUAGACUACCCAAAAGAGUUGAAGCAAAAGAACUCACCUUCUCUGAUUCAAUCCUACCCAAAUUCCUGUAUCGAAUACCCACCGCGCUUCUCCUUCUAAUCCUUCUCUUUCUAUGGUCUUCUUCCACCACAAUUAUCUCUGGCAAUAUUGUUCACGUAUGCCUGUCCUCUCGCAAGCUCAACAAUCUCUAUUGCCUCUCCGCAGGCACCCAACCCAACUUUGAAAUCCCAAUUUCACUCAUCAACAAUGGCUCCGUUAAUGUUGACAUUGAAAGCAGUACUAAAGAGGUGGUUGAUGUUGUUCUUGACAAUCUCCCAGUUCUUGAGAACAAAAUUGCUCAAGAUAGAGAUGAGGAGGUUGCAAAUGCUGUCAAGGUUGUGGAAGAGCAGCUGACACUACAUAGAUCAUGGGUGAGGGAUACAAACCAUGCAACAUGUGAUGGGAGGGGGAUAUUUGUAUAUGAAUUGCCACCAAAGUUUAAUAAAGAUUUGGUGGCUCAGUGUGGUGAUAUGAUUCCAUGGGUUGAUUUCUGUAAAUUUUUCAGUAACGGGGCGUUAGGCGAGCCGAUAACGAAGCUUGGAAAAGGCUGGUACCAGACUCAUCAGUAUUCAUUGGAGCCAAUAUUUCAUGCCAGGGUUUUGAAGCAUCCUUGUAGAGUUUACAAUGAGAAUGAGGCCAAGCUCUUCUAUGUACCAUUCUAUGGUGGACUAGAUAUAUUGAGAUGGCACUUCAAAAAUGUGUCUAAUGAUGUUAAAGACACAUUGGCAUUAGACCUAGUGAAGUGGCUGGAGUCACAAAGGCCUUGGGUUAGGAACUCAGGUAAGGAUCACGUGUUUGUUUUGGGUAAGAUUUCAUGGGAUUUCAGGAGGAAGAGCAGCUCUUCAUGGGGGACUAGGUUGUUAGAACUUGAUCAAAUGCAAAACCCAAUGAAGCUCUUGAUCGAAAGACAACCGUGGCACAUUAACGACAUCGGUGUACCACACCCAACUCACUUCCACCCACAUUCUGACGACGAUAUCAUUGCAUGGCAGCUCAAGAUCAUCCGUUCAAACCGUAGAAGCCUCGUGAGUUUUGCAGGUGCGGCGCGCCCUGGUGCACCGGAGAACAUAAGGUCUGUAUUGAUCAAGCAGUGCACUUUAGCCGACAAUGGAAGAUGCAGGUUUCUGAAUUGUAGUUCCAGUGGGUGUGAUCAGCCUGAAAUGGUUAUCGAGCUGUUCAUGGAGUCUGAGUUCUGCUUACAGCCCCCGGGUGACAGCCCAACAAGAAAAUCAGUCUUUGAUUCGCUUGUAUCGGGUUGCAUUCCGGUGCUCUUUGAUCCUUUCACAGCUUACUAUCAGUAUCCUUGGCAUCUGCCUCAGGAUCAUGAUAGGUAUUCGGUGUUCAUAGAUCAAGAAGAGGUUAGAGAAAUGAAGAUGAAUGUAGUGGAGAGGCUGAUGAAGAUUCCUGUGAGGGAAAGAGAUGAUAUGAGGAGAUACAUAGUGUAUGAACUAUUACCUGGAUUGCUUUAUGGAGAUUCAAGUUCAGAGCUUGAAAAGUUUCAGGAUGCAUUUUCUGUAACAAUGAAUAAUCUGCUCGAGAGGGUGAGCAGAUUUGAAUGA